AUGGCUUCUACUCCGAAUACUACCGUUAAUCUUCAGGAGAGUCAGCAGGGACCGACGCUGGGCGUCAUUACUACGUUCGUAGUGUUGGCAAUUCUGGCAAUGGGCUUGCGAUUAUCAUCGCGGCGGUUAAUGAAACUGCGCAUCGGACUAGAUGAUUAUCUAUGCAUUCUUGGCUUGUGUCUCUACGCGUAUCAAUUGGUUUAUGCUACCGCCAUCUUGUUCAUCAAGACCUCGAUCCUCGCCUACUACAAGCGCAUCUUCUCCGUUCGGCCAUUCCGAAUCACCGUUUACAUUGUUGGCGCCAUGACCCUCUCCUGGUGGAUUGCUGUGGUGUUUAUUUCCAUAUUUUCUUGCAAGCCCAUCCAUGGGUUCUGGGAUAAGUCCAUACAGCCCCGCUGCGUGAGCUCCAAAAAAUUCUACAUCGGCAACGCCGUGCCCAACAUUAUGACGGACGUGCUGAUCCUCGCCAUGCCAAUUCGAAUGGUCUGGAAUUUACAGGCAAGCAGAUCGCAAAAAAUCUCCCUGUCAUUUAUCUUUCUGCUGGGUUCAUUCGUUGUGAUCUGCAGCUGUGUCCGGCUCUCUGAGCAGUUCAAAGUGGACGAUCCAGAUUUUACCUGGGCUAUGAAUGGUACCGUCAUCUGGACCUCUCUCGAAGUGUCCUUCGGCAUUAUCUCGGCAUGUCUUCCAACCAUGCGUCCGCUGCUCAAGUGGGGCCUUCGAAAAUUCAACAUCUCAGUCAGCAGCAAAGGUACCGCAUCGGAGUCCACGCGAGUGUAUGGGGCCAAACAUGGCUUUGAGAGCCUAGCGUCUGGGGGCGCCCCAUACACCGGGAGUCUUGAGGCGGGGGUAUCUAGAGUUACCCCCGAGCUGGAACGCAAGGAUAUCCCACUGGGGAAGAUUUACGUCAAGAACGACGUGCAGGUGGGCAGCCAUGUUUGGGACGAUCGAUGA